UUUGCAUUGGCUAAUAACCUCUAUCGAGGGCAACUUCCUCUGCAUUUACAGGAUAUAUCUUGGGUCGAGGAGAAGGUGUGUGCGAUCUAUUGUGUCACAGCUCAUGUGACUCGCUUGUUUCAGUCCUCUGAUCCUGCGCAGCCUAAGGUCUUCCAUGGAAACACUUGCGCACAUGACAUGAACGUUGUAUCCACGGCUUCGGUCCUUCCGCGCACGCCAUCUGACGUGAAUGGCCUCCUCAGCAUUGUCUUCAUUGGACCAGGUAAAUUUGAUGCCAAACAGCUUGGCACGGUCUUUCGUGUGCGUAAACAUAAGAUCUGGUCUUUUCUUCUGUGGCUCAAGCAUCACAACCGUCUGUAUGCAGCGAUCCCUCUGGACUCAGCUAUAAUUUCCAUGUACCCUGAUGAUGACAUUCUGCCAGGGCUAUCAGAUCGUGUGAUU